GUAUCUUAUGCUCCGCAGAGGAACAUGCAGUCGACCUCGAUGGCGUGGAACACGUUCAUCCCGCUGCCACCGCCAGGAAGCAGGACGCACGCGGCGCCGCAUUCCGGGAUGACGGCGCAUGUAGGCCAUCAUCAUCCGGGGCCAGGUGCGGCAGCGGCGCAUCCAGUCACCGUGGCACAGCAACAGCAACGCGAGCGCGAGGAGAGAGAACGGGAGGCGAGGGAACGGGACGCGAGGGAACAACGACAACGUGAAACCGAGAACUUGGGGAUAAGGGAACACCUGGCCGCAGCCGAGAGACUGCACCGGCAGGCCGAGGCCAGGGAUCACGUCGCGGCGCAGCAGAGAGCCGCUUAUUAUGCAGCGACCGCGCCUCCGACUCAACAGGUGUCUCGGCCGUCGAGCGUACCUGGCAAAGUCGAUUACCCACCACCACCGGCGCACUCGAGGACCUCGAAGUCGUCGCUUCCCGUCAGUAGUCUUCACGAGAAACCGCCGCCGGUGGUAGGACCGUCGCACAGUUCUCUGCCAAAGGUGGAGCCGAACGUCGGUCUGUUCAGUUACUCGACGUACCAGCCACAGUCGUCGUACAUGCACGAUAUAAAGGUGAAGAGCGACGUGGGGCAGCCGCACAAAUCGCUACCGAGUAAAAGUGGCCUGGCCGGAGGUCUCGAGCGGGAUCAUCACGGUCGAGAGGUUCUGCAAAAUCCACCUUCGUUGCUGCCGGAUCACAAGAGCUCGGUCAUAGUGAAGAACGAGGGUCGGGAGCUUCCGAAAGCGCCGACGUCGCAGCAGCACUCGCCGAGCCCGAAGAUCAUACCGUAUUUGGGCGUGCCGCAGUCGGUGCCGCCGCAGCACAAGCCGUACGAGUAUCGGAGCCCGACGCAGAGUCCGCACCAUCUUCAUCACUUGGACGGGCUACAGGCGACGAAGAGCAUACCCCAGAGCCAUCACCGGAGCAGUAGCGGGUCCACGACCACGACGCAGUUACCCAGUCCGCACGGGCAUCCGCCGCAUUCGCACAAUCGACAGUCACCGCACGCUCAGCAUCCUCAUCAACCACCGCAUCCAUCGCCACCCGAACCGCGUUAUCUCACUAGGCCGGAACCCGGUCUACCUUACGCUACUGCCAAGUCCUCGUAUCCGUAUCCGCAUCCGCAUCCGCCCACGGCCUCGCCGACCUCGCACUACGCCGCGCCGCCGGCAGGCUCCAAGCCGAAAGUCAGCAGUCCAGCGCCGCCUCACAUCUACGGGAAACCGAAUUCCGGCAUCAUGACCGGAACGCCGGUCUGCAGAGCGUCCGAGCCGGCGGUCGCCGCCCCGAUACCUCUCACCUCGAAGGCCGGUAGCUCGCCUUACCAGCAAGUGCCUCACCAUCACGGGGCGCCGCCUCCACCUCUGCCGCCGCCCGCGCACAGUCGAUCCGUCUACGACCCCAGGGGUUAUACUGGCUCGAUGCCGGCCGCCAAGUUGCCGCCGCCGCCCCUUCACGGUUCACCGCCGACCGCGGCUUCGGCGCCCCUGUCCAGACCGAUCGCGCACCCGGCGCAUCAUACCAGUCCUCAUCAGCAACCCGGUCAAACGGUGCAACACGCGCAACCGCAGAUCAACACAUCUUUCCAAACGCAGCCCCUCGAUCUCGGUGUGGAGAGAACAGGCUCGCCGAAGAGGAAGGCCCCGACCCCGUCGUUAACCGAGAAUUCCGGCCAACCGGUCUCCCUGGAGGUGUGCAAGAAACGCAGGACCGAGGAGCCGCAACCAUUGUCGUUGCAAUGCGUCGGACCGCCGAUUCUCUCGAGAGUGAGCGAGCCAAGCCCGUUGAUCGCCUCGGCAGCCACCUCGAUAACCACCGUGGUCAACACCACGGUCGCUCUACUGGCCCAAUCCAACGCUCAGACGACGCAGGAACGCACCGUGACGGCGGUCAGUCCAACGCCACGAACUGCUAGCGGCGAUGGUUCCGUCAGACCGGCCAGCACCGGCAGCGUCAGCUCGUUGAAUCCGACGGUGAGCGCGGCGCCAAGCCCCGCGCCCAUUCCCAGUCCAGCGCCGUCCACGGCGCCCAGUCCGGCACCUAGUGCCCCUGGCACGCCCGCCAAGGCGAACCCCAGCACGGUGGACAGCGAGAAAUCUAACAGUCCCGCGCCCAGACCACCCAGCAGUACCAGUUACCCCGUUCACAAGCUGAAGAAGGCUUGGCUUCAGAGGCAUUCCGGCGAAGAUGGGACCGAAGACACCACUGGCGUCGUAGGCAGCGGUACUUGCGUCACAUUGCCAAUGAACAUUUCCCAGGCACCGUCGCAGUCGCUAAAUAACAAAGAACGUGACACCUCUUCGAACGUCUCUGGCAACACGACUACCACGUGUUUGCCCAGCGCCGUCAACUCUAUUCACAAUAUCGGCAGCAUGGCGGUGAACAGCAUCAACAAGAGCAAGGUCACUGCCAAAAGUAGCCGGAAAUCGGCGAACAAAGAAUCGCUGAACGGACACGCCACCGACACGAAAACGUUACAAGAAGACUCGUCCAGCAGCGACCCAGAGAGGAAGUCGCCGCCGAAAAGAAAGCCACCCAAGGUAAAACGAAAGAAGGGCGCAGCACGGAGGCAGCAAACGACUGCGGAAGAUCAGCGGAGGCGGAAAGAAGAUAAACAAGGCGGAGGAACCGGCGUAGGCAGCGAGUCUAGUAACGAGAGCGAGGCUGGCUCUGCCAGCGACACCAGCGAACAGUUGGGCUCCAUCCAACCCGCGUCGAGGGUGCGGCAUACCACGGCUAAUUCCAACAAUUCCUCGGGAAACGGAAACAACAAGGAGCCCAGAAAACGGGGUAGGAGACCAAAGACUACGAAAGGUAACGAAUUGGGCGGGGAAGAUCAGCAACCUCGUCAGAAGAAAGAACGUAGAGACGAUAGCGCCAGUGGUGGUAACAAUGGGCCAGGUGGAAGCGGUGGCAGGGGUGAUCCCUUUCGUAGACCCCCGAUAUCGCAAUUGAAAAAAACUGGCGACAGUUGGUUGCAAGACGGCGCUUGUUUCGAAGUAGCUCCGAAGUUGGCUAAAUGUCGUGAGUGCAGAUGGACACCGCACCAGCGUUCCAAAAAUCUUCCUCAAAAUAUUUUCUGCAGAUUUUAUGCAUUCCGUAGAUUACGGUAUACGAAAAACGGACAGUUGGCUAUAGCAGGAUUUAGCGACCCCCAUAAGGAUGCGUCUGAGGUAGAUCUCCGAUUAUGGUUACCAGGAAAAGAGAGUUCGGACUCGAAGAAGGACGAGAAGGCAGAUAAGAACGACAAAGAAAAAAGCGACAAAGAAGAUCUAGAUUUGGAAAUGGCUCACAGGCUACUUCGCCAAGUCGGAGAUCAGUUCUGUGAUCUAUUGCAUCAAGAAAAGGACGCUCUUCAACAGCACAUGGCAGAAGCAAGUUCGGGACUUGUAGACGGAACAGUCGCCUGGAAGAGAGUGGUGCAAGGCGUUCGCGAGAUGUGCGAUGUCUGUGAGACGACCUUAUUCAACUAUCACUGGGCUUGCGGCAAAUGUGGCUUCGUCGUGUGUAUCGAUUGUUACAAGGGACGCAAGAAUGGCACGAUCAAGAUCUGGGGAGAGAGCGGCAAGGACAGAGACGAUUUUUCGUGGCUUUUGUGCACAAAUAGGCAGGUGCACGAACCCGAACGACUUAUGCUCACGCAGAUCAUCGCCGGUGACAGCCUGAUACGUCUCGGCCAACGACUGCACGAAUGCCGCGCAGAAUGGGGCAUACCGCAACACUGUGGCUGCUCGCUCGUUGUCCAAGCAUCGCCAAACGAGUAUCUACGGAACAUGAUCAAAGGCGACUCGGUACCAGUUCUGAACGGCAACGUGAAGCAGGAAGUGAAAGAGGAGAAGAAAGUGAACGAGUCGAACGGAUCGUCGGAGAACAAAACAAACGGCGAGGACAAGAAUUCACCAUUGAACUGGCUGGCAGACGUGGCGUUGCAGAAUCAGGAUAAAAACGAGAGUGGCUCUAGCUCGGAUUCCGAUGAGGAUCGGGAUGGUAAUUACUCGACCUUGAGGGAGUUGCUCAUCCGACCGUCCCAUAAGUCGAACGGUAGCGGUUCUAGAUCGAAUUCACCGACGAACAACUCCGGUAACGUCAACGCUACCGCCGGGAACAACGCGCAGAACAAUGUCACGAAAUCUGGUAAAAAGUCGAAGAUGGAUACGUUGGACGAGGUUAUAUCGAGCGUAAUCGAGCACAGCGUGAAGAAGGAGAGGGAAGGUGAACUGGACGACGAGAAGCCGAGAGAACUGAAGCAUUUCGUCAGAAGAUACAAAUGGACGCAGAAGGGGCGAGAACCGUUGCCCAUUCGAAUUAUGACGCUCACGGAGAGUAAAAGUCUCUAUCCGGAUGUGCCACACUCGUGGCUCUGUGACGGGAAAUUGCUCAGGUUAAACGACCCGAACAAUCCUAACAAUUACAGAAUAUUUCAAGAUCAGUGGAAACGCGGUCAGCCGGUCAUCGUGUCGGAUGUUGCGAAGUCGUUGGACAUGAAUCUGUGGCAUCCGGACUCGUUCGCUCGAGACUUCGGCGAUGAGAAGAACGACUUGAUCAACUGCAUGACCGGGAACUUGGUGCCGAAUCAACCGAUGCGUAAAUUCUGGGAAGGAUUCGAACAUUUCUCCAAGAGACUGAAGGACGAGAGAGGAAAUCCCAUGCUGUUGAAACUGAAGGACUGGCCGCCCGGUGAAGAUUUCGCAGAAUUAUUGCCAUCGAGGUUCGCGGAUCUGAUGAAAGUUUUGCCGUUGUCGGAAUACACUCACCGGAACGGAAGAUUGAAUUUGGCCAGUCGUUUGCCGGACUGUUUCGUGAGACCAGAUUUGGGACCCAAGAUGUACAAUGCUUAUGGAUCGGCCCUUCAUCCUAACAAGGGAACAACUAAUCUUCAUCUAGAUAUUUCUGACGCAGUGAACGUCAUGGUUUACGUGGGAAUACCGAAGGACGCCGACAAUGACGAACACGUUAAAGAAGCACUGCGGGCGAUAGAUGAAGCCGGCUGUGACAUCCUGACACGCCGACGUGUACGCGAACGCGGAGAAGCACCGGGCGCGUUGUGGCAUAUCUAUGCAGCGCGAGAUGCCGAUAAAAUCAGGGAUCUCUUGAACGCAGUUGCUUUGGAACGCGGUGCCCGUUUGGAACCGCAUCACGAUCCAAUUCACGAUCAAAGCUGUUACCUCGAUGGACCUCUGCGAGAACGAUUGUAUCGCGAAUACGGCGUUGAAGGAUAUGCUAUCGUUCAGUGUCUAGGCGAUGCAGUAUUCGUGCCAGCUGGCGCGCCGCAUCAAGUCCGCAACCUUCACAAUUGUAUAAAGGUGGCGGAAGAUUUCGUAUCUCCAGAGAACGUGUCGCAUUGCUUCCACCUAACGCAAGAGUUCCGUGCGCUAUCCGACACGCACACGAACCACGAGGACAAGUUGCAAAUUAAAAAUAUAAUCUAUCACGCGGUGAAGGAUUCGCUGGCCGUGUUGAGCAACGUGAAGGAAGAGACUCUUGCCAAGGUGAAGCCGAAUAACGAGAUGAAGAAGGAGGAGACGUAGCCCUAGGCCCCCUGUCGCGGUCGCAAGAGCCGUUGGUCGUUGUUUGACUAAAGUCUCGCUGUACCAGUGAGUGUGCAAAUCUGUUAUCCGGUCCGUGUAUCGGUCCCUCGAAUAGCAUACGUCCCGGGAUCCGGUUCGAGACGACAGGAUUCAUUCUAAGAUGCUCCGGAAACAAAAAAGAAAAAAAAAACAAAAAAAAAGAAAGAAAGAAACCUGUAUCGA